ACAAAUUACUUUUUAGGCGUAUUUUACGCAUAAGCACAGACGAGGUAUUUAAACAUUGACAUGAAUAUAUCUCAUAUACCUCGUCUGCGAUACGGGGAUUAGAUGCUCCUUAAACAUGGGACACAAAAAAACAUUGGAUUUCCGGUCUAUCUAGUUAGUCAAUGGUACUAUUACAUGUUACAUCUGCUUAGCUUGUCAUCUUAAUUGUUGUGUAAGAACCGGAAUCUUUAUUGUACUUUAAAAAAGAAAAAAGACAUAAGGAUAUUCGUAAAUAAUUAACAUAAAAAGUAAUUUAAUAAAUUUGUUAAUAUUUCGAAAUGAGUGACAUGUCAUGCGUACAGUAUCUUACAGUAAGCAUCUUCGAAUGUAUGAUGUCGGAGUUUCUUAGCCGAAGUUAACGAUAUUUGCUUGUAAAACUAAAUAUACAGAUAAAAUAUCGUGUAAAAAUGAAGACGGCUUUAAUGGUGGCUGAAAAACCAUCAUUGGCUGCUUCGUUAGCCAAUAUUUUAAGUAAUGGUCGGUGUACGUCGCGAAAAGGUUUAAAUGGAUCUUGUUCGGUACAUGAAUGGGUAGGUCAGUUCAGAUAUGAAACUGUAAAUUUUAAAAUGACCUCUGUCUUUGGUCAUGUCAUGACAUUAGAUUUCAUUGGAAAGUAUAAUAACUGGGACAAAGUUGAUCCUGCAGAGUUAUUUUCGUGCCCAACUGAGAAGAAGGAAGCAGUUCCUAGAUUGAAAAUCCCCUAUUUUUUGGCUAAGGAAGGUGCUCAUUGUGAUUAUUUAGUAUUGUGGUUGGACUGUGAUAAAGAGGGUGAAAACAUUUGUUUUGAAGUUAUAUAUGCUGUUCAACAAGGAAUGAAUAGGAGAUUAAAUCCAAAUGAUAUUUGGAGGGCAAGAUUUUCUGCUAUUACAGAGAAAGACAUAAAAUCCGCAUUAUUAAACCUAGUAAAGCCAAAUGAAAAUGAAGCAAAGAGUGUUGAUGCUAGACAAGAGUUAGAUUUGCGAAUUGGUUGUGCUUUCACAAGAUUUCAGACAAAAUUUUUUCAGGGUAAAUAUGGAGAUCUAGAUGUGUCUCUUAUUUCCUACGGCCCUUGCCAAACACCAACAUUAGGAUUUUGUGUGCAAAGGCACGAUGAAAUUCAAACGUUUAAGCCAGAUCCUUAUUGGGUUCUACAGGUUACAGUUAAAUCUUCCGAUGGGCAAGACAUUAUUUUGAGUUGGAGCCGCGUCCGAUGUUUUGACAAGGAAAUAGCGAAUAUGUUUCUGAGUCAUGUGAAAGAAUAUGAUCAAACAACAAUUAUAGGCGUAGAAACGACCGAAAAAACAAAAUCGCGACCUAUAGCCUUAAAUACAGUAGAAUUGAUGAGAGUAGCAAGUUCAGGUUUAGGAAUGGGUCCCCAUCAAGCUAUGCAGAUUGCAGAACAUCUCUACACUCAAGGAUACAUAAGUUAUCCUCGAACUGAAACAACAUUAUAUCCAGAAAAUUUCGAUCUACUUGCAGUGUUGAAGCAACAGCAAAACAAUCCCGAUUGGGGUGAUCAAGUUCGUAAGAUAUUAGCGACUGGAAUUAAUAGACCAAAAAAAGGAUUGAAUGUUGGAGAUCAUCCUCCUAUUACUCCAAUGAAACAUGCUACUCGAAACGAACUUGGUGGAGACACAUGGAGAUUGUAUGACUAUAUAACUCGACACUUUAUUGCCACUCUGGCUCACGAUUGUAAAUAUUUGAGCACCACGGUUAGAUUUGAAAUAGGAAUGGAAGUAUUUACGGCGAACGGUCACAGUUUAUUAGAUCCUGGAUAUACUAGUAUACUUACAUGGCAAGCACUUGGAAGUAAUGAUACGUUACCCAGAUUUGUACCGGGUGAAAAAUACAAUAUACAAGAGAUAAAGUUAGUCGAAUGUUAUACACAACCUCCAGAUUAUUUGACAGAAUCUGAAUUAAUAUCUCUUAUGGAAAAACAUGGUAUCGGGACUGAUGCUUCUAUUCCAGUACAUAUAAACAACAUAUGCAUGCGAAAUUAUGUUAACGUAGCAACUGGCAGGAAAUUAGUUCCUACUUCUCUGGGAAUUGUGUUAGUUCAUGGAUAUCAAAAGAUAGAUCCUGAGCUAGUUUCACCUACAAUGAGGUCUGCAGUAGAGGAACAAUUAAAUCUAAUAGCUUUGGGUCGAGCAGACUUCCAUGCAGUGUUACAGCAUACAGUAGAAAUUUUCAAACAAAAGUUCCAUUAUUUUGUAAAAAGUAUAGAAGCUAUGGAUCAGUUGUUUGAAGUUUCUUUUUCUCCCCUUUCUGCGUCAGGGAAAGCACAUUCGAGAUGUGGAAAAUGUCGACGUUACAUGAAAUAUAUACAAACAAAACCAUCAAGGAUGCACUGCGCACAUUGCAACGAAACAUACAAUCUUCCACAAAACGGGAACAUUCGUAUUUAUAAAGAAUUGAAGUGUCCAUUGGAUGACUUUGAAUUACUCUCGUGGUCUACCGGAGCACGGGGAAAAAGUUACACAUUUUGUCCAUAUUGUUACAAUAAUCCUCCGUUUAGAGAUAUGAAAAAGGGAAUGAGUGGUUGUAAUUCCUGCACACACCCGACUUGUCCACAUGGCAUGAACUCUAAUGGUUUAUCGAGCUGUUUAGAGUGCAAUGCUGGUAUACUUAUUCUCGAUCCUUCGUCUGCGCCGAAAUGGAAACUUGGAUGUAAUCGUUGCGACGUCAUUAUUCAUUUGUUCGAAAAUGCCCACAAAGUGACAGUCGACACGGAGGUGUGCGAGUGUGGAGCUCAAUUAGUUACCGUAGAAUAUAAACAGGAAAAAAGCAAGCUCCCCAAUGAAGCUACAGAGAUGACUGGUUGCGUUUUUUGCACACCAGCUUUCAUGGCUCUUGUAGAAAAGCAUCGUGCAGUUGCUUCGAAACCGGUUACAACUCGUGGCCGUGGCCAUGCUAAAGGUCGUAGUCGGGGCAAACCACGUCCACCAAAAGAUAAGAUGGCACAAUUGGCCGCAUAUUUUGUAUAAUUGAUUCCGUUUGUAAAUGAAGUACAUAGAUGUUACUAUUCACACUUUAACACUUUCGCUAUUACGAAAAUAAAUCGAAAUGUACUCACUAC